AUGUUGAAAGGUGUUGGUUUUGAAAAUUUCUCAUCCCUUAUUAUCUCUCAUCAGUUCUCUUCUUUUUCUUCCUCUGCCCUGAUCUCUCUCACCCCAGGAUCUGCAACAUUUCCAGCCAAGAUGUCUUUUGAUCCGACACCAGUGAUCGCAUUGACAGGUAUUCAGGUGCUGAAUGUUGGAGAGGAACUUAAGAGACAAAUUCUACCAUUGAAGACGGGUCAAAGUGUUUAUGAUGUAUGUAGUCUUAAAGAAUCCAGAUGGUAUGAAGUCAAGAUAUCGUAUCCAUCUUCUGUGCCUGCUAGCUUCUCGCUACAAAUGAAGAGCAAUGCAAUAUACCUUGGGUUAAAUAAGAACAGAAGAUUAUUAGAUACCGAGAAACUAACUUUCAAGACUGAUCAUAAUAAUUUGAACUCAGGUAACAGUCAUAUGUAUCUUCUUGUGACUGUCGAACCAGUUGGGGCUGUUGCAAAGCUGGGUGUCCAAGAAGGUGGACUGAAUAUGUAUAAGCAGUACUCCAAGAAACUUCUAAUUUUUAGGAACUGGCCCAAGAAAAAGCUUAUGGCUAAUGCUAGACAAUGGAAAGAAUUAGUGUUUCCACGGCUGAAAAUGAAGGAAAAUAAAACGGAAAUUGCCAUAGAAGUAACUAACUAUAAUUUUCCUGAAGUACCUGGAAUUGCAAAUUGCAUAUAUUAUCAAGACACAAUUGAGAAGUGUCCGAGGAGUAUUGAACAUGUCUGUGUUGAUGCAUAUCUGACAUGGGUACAAUUUCGUAAUGGGAAUAUCCAUGCUAUCACUACAUGUAUUAGAAGCUACCCCAAUGUUACACAGUUACAGAAGAUAGGGGAAUUGGAAUUGAUUUUUCUCAGCAGGACAAAGAGUAUUUCCAGGUGCAAGCUCAGAGGUAACAUUGUCGAGGGGCACUUUGUCACGCUCCAGAUUGUUAACAAAUGCCCUUUUCCGAUAUGGCCAGCAACUGCUCCCAAUGCCGGCCAUCCGGUGAUAGCCUCUGGUGGCUUUUUCCUUCCCUCUGGCCAAGCGAAGGUGAUUCAGGCACCCGCAACUUGGAGUGGUCGUUUAUGGGCGAGAACAGAUUGUAAUUUUCGGUCUAACUUCAACUGUGCUUGCAAAACUGGUGACUGUCAAGGUUUGCUUUCGUGUAACGGAGCUAUCGGUCUACCCCCUGCAACCCUUGUGGAGGUUUCAUUACAAGAAGGCAAGCCCAGCUUUUACGACAUCAGCAUCGUAGAUGGAUAUAACCUACCGAUAUCGGUCUCAACCAAGCCAUUUGACUCCAAGUGUUUGAUUAAAGGCUGCAUCAAAGACAUCAAUGCAUUAUGCCCCCAGGAGCUCCAGCUUCUGGAUGAAGACGAUAACGCGGUCAUCGCCUGCAAAAGCGCGUGCUUGGCGUUCAAUUUGGACGUGUUUUGCUGCAGAAAUGAAUAUGGGAAGCCUGAAAGUUGCAGGCCAAGCUUGUAUUCAGACAUGUUUAAAGAUGCUUGCCCUUCGUACGUCAGCUAUGCUUAUGACUCUCCACCGCCCCUCGUGUCCUGCAGUUGUAAGGAUUUUGUUGUGACUUUCUGCCCCUCCAGUAAGUGGGGCAGUGAUCUGUCCAUGUAGGGAAGUUGAAAAUGUAAUGAUCAUGACCGUAGAGCAUGAAGGCUAGCUAUAGAAAAUGUGAUAUUGAACAUGCUGAUAUAUGCUUAAAUAACUUUUUGGUCUAAUAAACAUGCU